CUCUGUCUAUUGCGUCAUCAACUGUUGGCAGGCGAUGUAAAGUUGUGGAUUGUGGUCGCGUAGGUUGAUCAUUGGCGCUUGUCCUUCGAAAUAUAUAGGACAGAUGAAUUGAUAAAUUCCGAUCAAUACCAGCUGGUCAACAUUUCAAUGUAGUGAUCAUGGAUCUGCACGAACUGUUCCGGUCAUUCUUCGGCUUUCCAAACUACAGGGGGGAUCAAAGACACGGUGCUCCACGGGGUGAAGAAGAGCAACAAAACGAUGGCUCCAUCCAGGACUGGGACCCUUUCGCAGGGUCGUUUUUCGCCGAACCUUGGGACGCCCUGAAACAUUUCGAGGAUUCCUUUAGCCGCUUUGGAAUGCCAGAACCAUUCUUUAGAGAGGUGCCUAAUCCUGAUGGUUUGUGGCAAACACCAGGCUGCCUCAGGGACAGGAUGUUGAAAGAGCCAGAUGGACCUACUCAGCUGGUGCCACAUCAUCUGCCAAGCAAGGAUGAGCUGGAGGGCUUACGCGAUACUGACCUGGACGACCAUGUGGCUGUGGCUGGUCUUGACAGCUUGUUGCCUCCCGUACAGCCCAUAAUACCACAGAGUUCUACAGCAGUCCACUCUUUUAGUUCUGUCAAUGGGAGAAUUGAAGAAAGGAAGGUAGUGACGGAUGCAAUGGGUAACAGAGAGGUCACAGUUCGUCGCGCCAUCGGGGACCGCUCGCACACGCUCACGACGCGAACCGACGCCACCGGGGCACAGCACACCGAGGAGCAGCUCGUAAAUAUGGACGAAGCUGGCAAGACAGAGUUUGACAAGAUGUGGCAGUCACCUGGCCAGCAGCUGCAAGUGCAUCCUCCAACAGAAGGAGGAGACAACAGUGCCUCCAUCUUCAGGAGACUCUUUGGAUUUAACCUGCCUGGUCGUUCCUGACGGCUCAUUGCUUCGCCUGUGCUGUGAAGCGAAAAGAAUUUAUUAUCCACUGUCUACUACAAUGACAAAGAUGAAACCCAACUGUGAUGGUGGCCAUCAGAAGGCAGUGGCCAUGGGGGAAGCAACAAGAUGAACACAUUGCACAUGGAGUAAACUUUAACUGCUUGACGGUACUCUGUUUUCGUGUAGACAUUGGCGUUUUGAUUGUCUAAGCCAAACUUUUGCUUGUUGUCCAGCAUUGAUUGGAAAUGUGUUUUCUGUUUUGUUUUUUGUCUUUUAGUUACACCAUUUCAGGCAGCAAGAAAGGUCAUGUGACACAAAUGCUGAGGUCUGUAACUGAGGUCUGUAACUGAGGUCUGUAGGUCUGAGGUAACUGAGGAAAGUUACGUUAUAAAUAAAUUGUUAAUAUAUACAAUCCA